AUGUAUGAUAGAACGUAUCUAGGAAGACGUAGGCUUAAACCACAUUUUAAAGAGGGACUUGUUGCGUUUCUUACAUAUGCGUUUGCUCAAAAAUGCUGUCGAAGCGAAGGAGGGGUAAGAUGCCCGUGUUUGAAUUGUGGUUGCAGAAAUAUAAUUAGUGACCUAAAUAAAGUGAAACAUCACUUGGAGAAAGAUGGUUUUAGGCCAAAUUAUUGGGUGUGGUAUUCUAAUGGAGAAAUACUGCCAGGGAUGAAUAGAGAGACUUCAAGCAGUCAAACUCAUGUUGGAGAUGAUAUGGUUGGUGAUGCAUUAGGGCUGAAUGUGACUUAUGAUGAACCUCAAGAUUUUGAUGUAGACAAGCUCCCGAACGAGGAAGCGCAAAAGUUUUAUCAACUGUUGAAAGAAAUAAAUAUACCAUUGUUUGAGGGGUCUUAUGACUCCAUGUUAUCCAUGUCUGUGAGACUCUUGACUGCGAAGUCAAAUUGGAAUGUUCCUGAUCAGUGUUUGGAAUUCUUUGCAAAAAUGAUGUUGGAUGCGACUCCUGUGAAAGAAAACAUGCCUAUAAGUUAUUAUGAUGUGAAAAGAAUGAUGUCGAAGUUGAGACUAAAAGUGAAAAAGAUUGAUUGUUGCAUUGGAGGUUGUAUGUUGUUUUAUGAUAACGAGUUUGGUAAAAAUAACGGGGGAUUGGAGGAAUGUAAGUUUUGUCAGAGUCCGAGGUAUUUAUCUCGCAGUAAAGGCGUUUAUCAAAAACAAAAACAAUUUGCAAUGAAGUCCAUGUUCUAUCUGCCAAUAAUUUUUAGUUUGCAAAGAAUGUUUGCGUCAGUUUAUAGUGCAAGCUAA